AUGACCAACGUCUCCUUAGUUACCAACUUCCUACUGAUGGGAUUUUCUGAUAUCAGGAAGCUGCAGAUAGUUCAUGCCACACUGUUCCUCCUGGUCUACCUGGCAGCCCUGACAGGGAAUCUCCUCAUCAUCACUGUGACCACCCUCGACCGACACCUCCACACCCCCAUGUACUUCUUCCUCAAGAAUCUGUCCUUCAUAGAUAUCUGCUACAUCUCUGUCACUGUCCCUAAAUCCAUCGCCAUCUCCCUGACCGAUAACAGCUCCAUAUCUUUCUUGUUCUGUGCCACCCAGCUCUUACUGGUGGUCUGGCUGGCUGCUUCAGAGUUUUUUGUCCUCACAGCAAUGUCCUAUGACCGCUAUGCUGCCAUCUGCCGCCCCCUGCACUAUGAGGUCACAAUGUGCAGAGGAGCCUGUGUGAAGAUGAUGGCAUCUUCCUGGCUCAGUGGGAGUCUGUUUGGUUUCUUGUUUUCGACUUCAACAUUCUCCCUGUCCUUCUGCGGGUCCAAUGCUGUCCAGCAGUUCUUCUGUGAUGUCCCCUCCCUGCUGAAGAUCUCUUGCUCUGAGGACCACAUAGCAAUUGAUGCAAGUGUGUCUGCUGGGGUAACUUUAGGUGUCAUCUGCUUCAUUUACAUCAUCCUCUCCUACAUUCACAUCUUCUCGGCCGUGCUGAGGAUGCCAUCCACCGAGAGCCGGGCCAAAGCCUUUUCCACCUGCCUGCCCCACCUCAUUGUCAUCAUCGUUUUUUUCUUUACUGGUGCGUUUGCCUACCUCAAACCACUCUCCGACUCCCCCUCGGUUCAGGAUCUUUUGGUGUCUGUGCUCUACGCCGUGGUGCCCCCUACCCUGAAUCCUCUUAUUUAUAGCUUGAAGAAUAAAGAUGUGAAAUCUGCACUGGGAAGGGCCCUGAAGGGGACAUUCCCCUGCCUUCCUCUCUCGAACAAAUUGUCCGUUUCCUUGUGCUGA